AUGUUUACUUCCAUCUUCCUAGCCAUUAAUGUCGCCCUUGCUGCGAAUCUACCACGCUCAGACUGUCACGAUCAUGAGCAGCACAGGCGCCUUCCUGGUAACUGGUAUCACGAAUGCGAUCAUCCCGUCCACAAUCUCUUCAAGCGAGGCGCACCAGGCGACGGCAUAAAUUAUGCUGAAGUCGGUUCUCCCUCCUGGUCAAGUGCCUUUCCGACGUCGACGCCUGAUACAAGUCAGCUACCUCAGGCAUGGGUAGACGCCCUCAACGAUGCCGUAUCCUCCGGGAAAAUACCCAAUAUUCCCGAGUCGACCAGCACAAGUGAUAGAAGUCCUGUUUACCCCGAUGGCUUCGACCCUGAUGGAUCAGAAGUUUGCUCCUCUUCGUAUCAAUGCAGAAUUCCGGAAGACAUUUGGGACGCUCCUACAGGCACUUUGGGCAUUGGGUUUGAUGAUGGACCCUUGCCCCCUACCCCCCGUCUCGUUACCUUUUUGCAGUCCCAGAACCAGAGCGCGACUCAUUUUAUGAUCGGUUCUAAUAUCCUUAGUAAUCCCAAUCAGUUCAAUGCUGCAUAUAACAUUGGAGGGGAUAUCGCAGUGCACACAUACACUCAUCCUUACAUGACUACGCUUACCAACAUCCAAGUCGUUGCAGAGCUUGGUUGGACUAUGGAAAUCAUUCACAACUCAACGGGCGGCCGCGUUCCUAGGUUUUGGAGACCACCUUAUGGCGAUUCAGACAACAGAGUAAGGGCCAUUGCGGCGGAGGUGUUCGGGCUUGAGUGCAUUAUGUGGAAUCGGGACACUGACGACUGGAGUAUGGAAUCUGGGGGUACUACGAUGCGAGCCAUUAGUCGUAAAAUGAAGAAGUGGCUCACAGGUCCCAAGACCCCGGGUUUGAUCAUCUUGGAGCAUGAGUUGACCACCGACAUGGUCCAAGCCUUUAUCAAUGCUUAUCCUUUCAUGAAGUCCAACGGAUGGAACACUACGUCGGUCGCCCGACUGGUAGGAGACGGUCGUCCCUACCAGAACUCUAAUAAUGAUGAUUCGACGGUUACCGCGGACGGAAUUUUGGUCGCGGCCACCCCGAGUGCCACAAGCUCCAUUACAGGGUAA